AUGAAGUUAGAUACACGGGCAAUGCGCCACCUCGCCUCUGAGGAUUGGCGAGUUCUGACAGCAGUCGAAAUGGGAAGCAAGAACCACGAACUUGUCCCGACAUCAUUGAUCGAAAAGAUUUCACGCCUUCGUGGUGGUGCCGGAAGCGUUCAUAAGAGUAUCUCAGCCCUUGCCAAAGUCGGUCUCAUUGCGCGCGUGAAGGAGGCAAAAUAUGAUGGAUAUCGACUCACAUAUGGUGGACUCGAUUACCUUGCACUUCACACCUAUGCCAAGAAAAAAGAUGUCUACAGUGUAGGAGACAGAAUUGGUGUGGGUAAAGAGAGUGAUAUCAUGGUUGUGGCGGAUCAUAGUGGCACCCAACGAGUCCUCAAGAUCCAUCGACUGGGUCGAAUUUCUUUCCGAACCGUCAAAUCGAAUCGAGACUACCUUAAGAAUCGACAAUCUGGAUCAUGGAUGUAUCUUUCACGGCUCGCUGCCAUGAAAGAGUUUGCUUUCAUGAAGGCUCUACGUGAAGAAGGCUUCCCCGUCCCCGAGCCCAUUGCACAAUCACGGCACACAAUUGUCAUGUCUUUAAUAGACGCUUUUCCUCUUCGACAGAUAGCGGAGGUUCCUGAUCCGGCAUCUUUGUAUGCUGAACUCAUUGCUUUGAUCCUCCGACUCGCCAAACAAGGACUGAUUCAUGGUGAUUUCAAUGAAUUCAACAUCCUGAUCAAGGAGAACAUUACCAAAUCCGAGCAUGGAGAGGAGACCCUGACACUCGAGCCUGUCAUUAUUGACUUCCCCCAAAUGAUUUCCAUGGAACAUCAAAAUGCCGAGAUGUACUUCGAUCGAGACGUGAACUGCAUCAAGCGCUUCUUUGAGCGCAGAUUUCACUUUGUUCCAACAGAACCCGGUCCCUUUUUCAAGCAUGCGAAAAAGACAGUGGGUAAAGAUGGCGUGAAACGACUCGACGCUGCGGUGGAGGCUUCUGGCUUUACAAAGAGGAUGUUGAAAGAUCUCGAGGCUGCUAUCAAGGAAAAGGGGGACCAAACGGCUCAAUAUAGUGGGGACGAAGACGAUGAAGAUGAAGGUGAAGACAGUGACGAAGAGAGUGAAAACAGUGAGGCAGAUAACACAGAACACCCUCAUGAUGGCCAGGUAUCAGGCGGUCUACUUGGCGACGAUGCUAUGGCUUCGAAAGAGGAUAUGGUAGAGGAGAGUAUGUCAAAACUGACAGUAUAA